UUACAACCUCACCCCUUUCCAUUUCUAUCAUCACACCGACAAAACUCAAAACAAUCGCCGACUGUAAUAGUUAAACAAAUAACGAAAUUAACUCCCAGGUGUACCGCGAUCGUUUUAUUUUAUUGACAGCCAAUUCUUGCAGACUUAUAAUCGGUUUAUCUACCACAUCAUAAUAAAUAUUUUAUAAUAAAACGUGUACUGAGACAGUACGCGUAUAUAGGUAUAUCUAUACAAUUAUAUAAUAUCCUGGAAAUGAAAUUCAUAACAACAAUUACUGCAAUCAUCCUACCGCUGUUCCUGCUAUUUGCGAUCAAGCCGAUCAAUGCUCGAAUUUUGAGAUCCAUUUGGCAAAGUUUAACCAAUAGUAAGCCAGUUGAAAAUGACAUCGCUCCGGUCAUUGAACAAGACGUCGAGGUUGUAAGUGAAAACAUCGGUCAGCCUGAAGAUUUAGACGAUCGAUCAAUGUUUGCUGUCGAUGGCACCAGUUUAGAUUUUGUCUAUUGGAAUUCAGACCUUGGAAAUAAUAAAUCAAUAAUAAUUGAAUUUGGCAAUGAAAAACAAAUGAUUAAUUACUGGAUUAGGGGUGAACCUUUAAUAGUUAUAACACAUGGAUGGCGUGGAUCAGAUGAAGACGACAAAGGAGUGUUUGCUAUAAAAACCGCAUAUGUGGAUAUUGGAGGAUUCAAUGUUAUCACUGCAGAUUGGAAUCGGGUGGCGAAAAAUCUACUGUACCCAAUGCCGGCCUAUUUAACCGCUCAGGUGGGUUCCAUAAUCGCCAAAUUAUUGGAAAAUUUUGUUAAUCUUGCGGUGAUUGACCCGUCUGAUAUUCAUGUUAUUGGCCAUAGUCUUGGUGCACACGUGUCUGGAGCAUGUGGUGCUGCAUUCAGCCUUGGGAAAAUUGGCAGAAUUACAGGUCUAGACCCAGCUGGUCCUGGAUUUGAGUACGUGUCAUUGCGUUCAGACCAAUUAGACAGUACUGAUGCAACAUUUGUGGACGUGAUCCAUACGGCAACGGGGACAGCUGGAUACUCAAAACCCUUAGGACAUGCCGAUUUUUACCCAAACGAGGGGAAGCCCCCUCAACCGGGAUGUUUAGAAUCAUACAUGCCAAGCGCUUUUGUAAGCCUCAUCGGCUGCAGUCAUUCAAGAUCGCAUCAAUUUUACACAGAUUCCAUUUACCAUAGAUACUCGUUUAUAGCUACACAAUGUCCUACAUGGGACGAGUAUACGAGUGGCGAAUGUAAAAAUAAUACUAAAAGUCCUAUGGGACAUGACGCAGAUCCAAAAGCAAGUGGAAUUUUUUAUCUGGAGACCAAUGGUGUUGCCCCUUAUGGAAUGUCGAAAGUCACACCGCGAAAAACAUAAACUAUAUACUUAUACUCUCACAUAUGGUUCUUUUUUAUAUUUAUGUACAGUUUGUUUAGUAUUGUAU